UUCUCGUGUGCUGGUUUGUGAAAAGGAGGAAAAAACGAGCGAGCAAAAGAAAAAUUUGUGAACUGUUUUCAGGUUUCGCUUCCAGAUCGGAGUGUUAUUUGUGAAAUUUUUGCAUGUAAAGUAUCAAAUUCGACCGGAAAAUAGUGCCCGAAGCCGGGCGAAUGCCACCCGAAACGGUUGAACUAGUUAAAAAGUGCUUUUGAUGUGAUUCAUUCGGUGAAAAUGCAUCUUUUCUGAGUGCGGGCGCGAAGCGUCCCCAAUAAUGUGAAAAAACUUGUUUGCUUGGAUAUUUUGCAUGGAAACUUGGUAAAAGUACGCCUAAACUGUGAAAAGUGCUAUUGGAAAGUGUUUUUCGUCGAAAUAGUUCCGGAAAGCCGCUGUUAAUUCGGAGAAUCCGUCCACCGGACAGCACUGAGAAAGGCCGGCCAAAAUGUUCUACGCGCACAUUGUGCUGGCCAAGAAGGGCCCUCUGGCCCGGAUCUGGUUGGCCGCCCAUUGGGACAAGAAGAUCACCAAGGCGCACGUCUUCGAGACCAACAUCGAGCAAUCGGUCGACGGUAUCAUGCAGCCGAAGGUGAAGCUGGCCCUCCGGACUUCCGGCCAUCUGCUGCUCGGGGUGGUCCGAAUAUACGCCCGGAAGGCGAAAUAUCUGCUGGCAGAUUGUAACGAGGCGUUCGUGAAGAUCAAGAUGGCAUUCCGGCCGGGCAUGGUCGAUCUGCCGGAGGAGCACCGGGAAGCGGCCGUUAAUGCCAUCACGUUGCCGGAGGUGUUCCAUGAUUUCGACACCCCGUUGCCGGAGUUGAACGACGUCGACAUCGAGGCGCACUUCUCGAUUAACCAAUCCCGGGCCGACGAGAUUACGAUGCGUGAGGACUACGGUACUCUGCCAAUGAACAUCCACGACGACGGGUUCGGCGAUAUGGGUUUCGAUGACACGCCGGAUCUGGUUCGGGACCGCAUCGAGGAACCCAUGGAGGGUCUGGCACACGAAUAUUCCACCGCCGAAGAGGGUGGCGCGGAUCUGGACGAGAUUGGUGUUGGUGGUGGUUCUUCUCUGGAUGAUCCGACGAUCGAUUUGGGAGACGACAAAAGCACAACGACGAAGGAGAAAAAAGGCCCUCGACCGCGAGCAAAGAGUUUGUACGAAGAGCUGAGCGAACAACCAGCCCAGGAUACCCGAUGGAAUGAGUAUCUUGAUGAUCUUUUUACUGAUCCUGUAGCUCCGCCGCCGGAUUUGGAGCAAGAAAAAGAACCUUUACCGGAAACAUCACAUUCAGUAUUGGAUUCUUUCGACCCGCAUCACCCACAUGCAGUGGACAACGAUGGAUUCGGUGAUGAGGAUGGUUUUGGUGCCGAGCCAGCGGCCGGAUUAUUUGAGGGAGAUUUCUUUGCCGAUGCACCAUUGGUCCCGGAACCAGAACUUCCGGUUGCGCCAGUAAGUCAAGCUGCAGCUACCGAUGAUAGUGACGAUGAUGACGAUCAUUUCGAUAUGGGAGGUGCACCGUCUCCUGCACCCAGUUCGGACAAUUCGAGACCUCCAUCACCCAUUAUGACACAGCAACUGUUGGAUGAUCUACAGCAACCGUCGACGAGCCAAGAACCAGGACCUUCCACACAGAUGGAUUCGUCUUUGGAAGCAUCAGGUCCUGGUCCAACGGAACCUCUUUCAACUGAAGCAGCUCGUGGAGCAGAACCGGACGAGGAAAGAAUGCCGGACGACCUUGCUGCUAUACCAGACGCACAUGAAGCAGACGAUCAUGCUGCAGAACAAACUACUCUCCUGAAUAAUGAAGAGGAAAGUUUUGCAUUGGCGCCGGUCGAUGCAUCUGCCCUCAAGGGAAUAACUAAGAGCAAACGAAAGCGAAAACUUAUUGUCGACGAAGUGAAAAACAUCAGUGGCGAAGAAAUGAAAAGCCAACUGGCCAACACCUCGGACAUUGUAACAACACUCGAUCUAGCGCCACCUACCAAAAGGCUUAUGUUCUGGAAAGAAACGGGAGGAGUGGAAAAACUCUUUGCAUUACCAUCGCGUGACAUUCCUGCACGGUGCUUGUUCAAGAACUAUCAACGGCAUUUAACGUCGCGAUCGAUAGGAGUCGAGGAGUUCGAAGUCCUUGGCUCUCUUGAUGUGUUGGGCGUUGAAAUUCAACCCGAACGACCAGAAUCGCCACCUGUUAGACGAGGCAGAAAACGAAAGAUACCACUCCAAGAAUUGCUGCCCCCAGAUACGCCAAUGACUCCGGCUACCCCAAUGACCCCCGCAACACCAGGACCUCUGGAUCAGACCACGAUGGAUCAGAUGCGAGAAGCAGUUGAAAUGCCGCCUCCUACCCCCAUUUCAAUGGAACUUCGUGAAUCGGAUGUUUGCCAACCAGACCUCAGUCAUAGUUUCCAUCCGGACGGAUCGAUGAUGCCACCACCUGCAACUCCUGGGCUCAGUCAUCUGGGAAGUCCGAACCAAACCCCCAUCGGAAUGCAUACACCUCUUAUGAUGCCACCAACGCCGGGCAUGCCCAGCAUACCAAUGACCCCUGGAAAUCUAGAUCACGGUGGUCUUACACCUGCUGGACUGCCACAUGGAGGCCUAACACCUGCUGGUCUCACGCACGGAAGUUUAACGCCUGCUGGACUUGCUCACGGUGGACUAACUCCUGCAGGUCUGUCCCAUGGAGGCCUUACGCCUGCUGGUCUAUCACAUGGUGGUUUAAUGUCAGACGAUCUACACCCAGGAGGUAUGACACCGGCUGGCCUACAGCAUGGUGACUCAGGUCACGUUAUGCCAGACCUGCCGGGAGCUAUGACACCUCACGGGUUGGAUCAUGGAGGAAUGACACCACAUCAUUCGAGUUUGGAAAACAUUGACCAACUUCCGAACCUUCAUGCCGAUCAAGUUUCCUCAAUUCUCAACGAACCCGGGAUGGAGAAUUUCUCCAAUCUGGGCUACGAUGGACCGGCAGCUUCCCCUGCCCCAGGAGCUCUCGGCGAAGAGGUCCAAAACGAAUGGAAUCAAGACUACGAGUUCCCGCAAUCGGUCGGAGGACAACAACCGAACGAGGAACAGCAGAUGGACGAAACAAUUGAGCAGUUUGAGGAGCGUGUGUUGAACAAACGAGCAGCGCAUAUGUUCUUGUCGGUGCGUUCCAGGCUGCUGAAAUGCGACAGUAUGGUCCUGUCCGAUAUGACUCAUCGGAACAACAAAAAACAGGCCGCCCAAAAAUUCUACUCGCUGUUGGUGUUGAAAAAAUUCAAGGCGUUGGAAAUUUGUCAAACGCAACCAUACGCUGACAUUGUCAUCACCCGAGGGCCACUUUUCGAGAAUCCAAAGCUGUAAAGACACAGCUACCGGUUGAAAGACAACAAAAUCCCCUUAAUGCUGCAUGUUCAGUUUUUCUAUUAACAUUUUUUUUUCUAAAGCUUGGUAGGGGAAGAAAUGAAGAUUGGUUUAAGCAAAAAAUAGUUUUGAGGUAUUAACAGUGAACGUUUUUAUACAUCCAAUAUUCUAUAGCAGGCUUAAGAUCGAAUGAAUUGAAAUGCUUUUGCAUUGUGUUUUAUCAAUUUUUAUUGUUGCAUUAAAUGACUGGAAGUUAUGGCGAAAGUGUAAAUAAUGAAAUUUAUCUAUUCAGUUUUGCUUCCGAUGGCGGAACGUAUGGCAGGAAAAUGAUUCGGUCGAUUGGUUUAUUUCUUUGAAAAUUUAAGAAUCGACUUUGAUCACAUUUUUCUAUGUUGUUGUUAUUUUUCCCUUAAACUAGAGAGUAAAAAUAAAUUAUUAUCAUUUUCAGCGAUUCAGCCAAAAUUUAGCUGUUUUAAUCAUAAUCUUUAGUGAUUUUAAAACACACAAAAAACGCUGAUGAUCUGUAAAAUAAAAGAACCAUAGGUAAGCACCUUUUUUUUUCAAAUAUCUCUUUGUACAUAUUGAUUUAGCUGGUAAAGCACUAGCAUUUAAAACCAUUGUACGCAAACAAAAACACAAACAAAAUGAAAAAAAGCUCUGCUAUCAGCAGUCGAAAGUACUAACAAAGCUAGUGGUUAAGAUAAAUCAAAAAUUUAAAUCCUAACCAGAUCGGAUUGAAUGAAAAUAAGUUUCAACCAAACUUUAGGAUAUGAACAGAGGUAGGCAUCGGAUGAUAACCGCUGCUCGGCAGUGGAAGGCCAUCAGCUUGAUCAUGUAGCUGAAAUUAAAUCCAAAAUCACAUUUGAACCUGCGUAGUGCGGCCGUUUGUUUGAACCCGUCAAAUGUUAGCGAUAGAAAAUCUAGAUUUUUGUUCCAAAAAUAAAAGAAAACUCGAAAGGACCCAUUGCGAAGGUAAAAUACAAAAAAAAUAAAAACCUAUGUAAAGAAUUAUAAUGUUGGAAUAAAAUAAAAGAAAUAUUCA